AUGGCCGGCGUGAACCGGUCCUUUAGUUACAGUCGCGGCGACGAUGCGUUGUUGAGAGAUGAUGAGCGAGAGAUUUCACCCCUCCGAUCCGCAGAAGACGGUCUCUACAGUACAUCGUAUGGCGACGUCUCUCCGCUAUCUGCUGGGGUUCAAGCGCAGAAUCGGCCAUUCGACCGAGGUCUGGUGUCAGUCCCGGAGGGUCAGACCCUGGAGCGCCACAUGACCUCUACGCCGGGGAUGGAUAAUCUAGGGCCGGCCUCUGUGGGUGGCGGAAUCAGUGAUGUGCCAGUACGCAAUCUCCCCGCAGAACGGGAUUUCAACACCACCGGCUCCGAUAACCCCUAUAUACCUGCUCCGCCAGAUGGAGACAUAUAUCCCAGUUCAGAGGCGGUGAGGUAUCGCGACUCUUACAGCUCGCAUACCGGGCUUGGUGCUGGCGCGCCUUUUGCCGAACAUAGCACGCCGGGCACGACGCCAUCCCAACGUAGUUUCUUCGAUAGUCCGUACCAAGGCGUGGAUGCUGGACCGUACCAGCGGCACUCGGCUUAUAGUUCUCACGACUACCCGCUGGUCAUCAAUCCGGAUGACAUUGCUGACGACGGCGAUGAUGGUUUCCCAGUCCACCCGAAGGGAGCAGCGGACUACAGAUCGAACGCUAACGUACCUGGUACAGGUGUCGCCGGCGCAGCGGCUGCUGGGGGGUUUCUUGGGAAAUUUCGGGCGCUGUUUAAGAGAGAAGAACCUAGUCCCUUCUACGAUUCAGACAUUGGAGGUGGUCUGGGAGGAGCCGAAAAGGCACAAGGCGGUAGGCACAUUAUUGGAGGAGGCAGCCGUAAGCGCGGUUGGAUUGUUGGGCUCAUAUUGGCGGCGGUUAUCGUGGCAGCUAUUGUUGGGGGCGCUGUCGGCGGUAUUCUGGGCCAUCAGGAACACGACGGUGAUACAUCGUCGUCGUCAUCAUCAUCAUCAUCAUCAGGCACAGGGUCUGGUGGUUCGGACAAAGGUGAUGGGUUGCUUGACAAGGAUUCCGACGAGAUCAAAGCACUCAUGAACAACAAGAACCUCCACAAAGUGUUUCCUGGUGUCGACUAUACCCCGUGGGGAGUGCAGUAUCCACUGUGCCUCCAAUAUCCUCCGUCGCAGAAUAACGUUACGCGCGACCUGGCGGUGCUUACGCAGUUGACUAAUACUAUCAGGCUCUACGGCACCGACUGCAAUCAGACCGAAAUGGUCCUCGAGGCUAUUGACCGCUUGCAGUUGACUAAUAUGAAGCUCUGGCUGGGCGUGUGGAUUGAUACCAAUACAACGACUACGGAUCGCCAGAUCAGCCAAUUGUAUAAGAUCGUGGAAAAUGCGAACGACACCUCUAUUUUCAAAGGAGCUAUUGUCGGUAAUGAAGCCCUCUAUCGAGCAGGCUCGGACGUGGCGAGUGCAGAAACGAAUCUGAUCGGCUACAUUAACGAUGUCAAAGACCACUUCAAAGACAAGAAUAUUGACCUCCCAGUGGGCACCUCAGACUUGGGCGACAAUUGGAAUGCACAGCUAGUCAGCGCGGCCGACUUUGUCAUGUCGAACAUUCAUCCGUUCUUCGGAGGAGUAGAGAUUGACGACGCUGCCAGCUGGACAUGGACGUUUUGGCAGACGCAUGACACCCCACUCACAGCGGGAACGAACAAACAGCAGAUCAUAUCAGAGGUGGGAUGGCCGACGGGAGGAGGGAACGACUGUGGGUCCGACAACAAGUGUCAGAAUGACAAGCAGGGCGCCGUGGCGGGCAUCGAUGAGCUGAACCAGUUCCUGUCGGAGUGGGUUUGUCAGGCUUUGGACAAUGGUACAGAGUACUUCUGGUUUGAAGCUUUCGAUGAGCCGUGGAAGGUCCAGUACAACACGCCCGGUCAGGAGUGGGAAGACAAAUGGGGGCUGAUGGACUCGGCUCGCAAUCUGAAGCCGGGCGUCAAGAUCCCCGAUUGUGGCGGCAAGACGAUUACGUGA